UUGGAGAGAGGACUGUGGCUCCUGCCGCUUCCUGACACACUAGCACUGGCACUCUCACCAUGCGGAGGCUUGCGAACACGGAACAGCCGCCAAUAUUCACUCAUCCUCCACAACAGUGUUGACAAAGACUUCAUUUGUUUUAACUUUUGACAAAAAAAUAAGAAACUUUGAUCUCAGUGGAUGCAACAGUGUUUUAAUUCCGUGGUAUAAGAACACCCUUGACUAAUUAUAUAGUGUCACUAUUCUAUAAUACGAACAUAAUAUGCUGGUUAUUAGACGAUAUUAAUUAGGCGAUCGGGAAUUGAGAUAUACAACUGAAAUAAUUUUUCGUGUCUUGGGAACCCUCUUCAAGUCAUUAAAUCCAAAAGGAUGACUGAAAGAAAUAUUGAAUUGGUAUUGAUGCUUGCAUGACCCUACCAGCUGUCAUGUAAUCACAGCCUUCACUUGAAUCACCAACACAAUGGACACUGAAAGAUUGGCAGUCACCGGCAGCAAUGUGUCUGAGAGCAAUUUCCUGCUGGUGAACAAGACUUGUGGGAGCGGCAACGCGACUGACUUCCUCAAUGUUAGUAAUCUGUAUCCUCUGGACCUGGCUAUGCCACUCUAUGGGUACGCUAUGCCAGUGUUGCUACUGGUGACUACUGUGGCCAACACUAUCAUCGUGGCUGUUUUAUGGCAGCAUCACAUGCGAUCUCCAACAAAUGCGGUGCUCAUGGCUAUGGCGCUCUCAGACAUGCUCACUGUGCUCUUCCCAGAGCCCGUGUUCUUCUACAUGUACACUCUGAACAACCACGCUAAGCCCCUCUAUCCCCAGGCUGCUUGCUACGCCUGGGGCUUCUUGCAUGAGGACAUCCCUAACUUGUUCCACACGGCUUCCAUCUGGCUGACGGUGGCCCUGGCGGUACAGCGGUACAUCUACGUGUGUCACCCUCCUGUGGCUCGCACCUGGUGCACGCUACCCCGUGUUAUCAAGGCUAUCAUCUGGAUCUUCAUCUUUGCCACCAUCCACCAGGCGCCCAAGAUUUUUGACACAGUGUACGACUCCACAGAAGUUGAAUGGCAGGGCGAGUGUGUGUGUGUUUGUAACGAGAGAUUCAGAGACUGGGUGACCCAGAUUACCCCAAACAUCUACUUCCCGAUCUACUUCUGGUUCCGGGUGGUGUUUGUGCACUUGGGUCCGUGCACGGUGCUCGUGGUGCUCAACUUUCUCCUCUUCAGGGCCAUGAAGGAGGCACAGAAGCGCAGGAAGAAACUUCUACAUGACAAAAAGUCAAAGAGGGAGUGCAAGAAACUGAGUGACUCCAACUGUACCACACUGAUGUUGAUAGCUGUGGUGUCAGUGUUCCUGGUGACAGAGAUUCCCCUGGCAGUAAUCACACUCCUUCACAUCAUCUCCAACAUGGGCAUCGUUAUAUUCUCCAACGAUUCCUACUACAUGCUCAUGUAUUUCUUCAUCAUCUCCAAUUCCUUCAUCAUAUUCUCCUACCCCAUCAACUUUGCCAUCUACUGUGGCAUGUCGCGACAGUUCAGAGAAACAUUCAGCGACCUCUUCAUUCGAAGACGCAGCGCACCGCGAAGAAAAGAUUCGACCCAAUACUCGACAAACAACAGUCGUCCACGCACCAGCCGCCCUGGCACCUCGGAGACUGUUGUAUUAGGUAAGGGGGCAUUAACUGAUGGCAACGCCACAAAGCAUCCUUUAGUUGAUAGCCAUCUCUCACCCAAGAUGUCGAAUACAAGUUCACUCGAUAACGGUACCCGCAGCUCGGUUGCCAGCGUGUUAGACCCACCAGCAGAGAACACUAUGAUGUUGCCACAGGAGUACAGGAAAGCCGAGCCCAAGAACUCAGAUCAGGAGUCCAAAUCCACAGCAGAUGACUGUGUUUUAGAGACGUUAGAGGCAGUGACACCGACGUUCUCUCAAAAUACAAAGCCCGGGAACAAGGAAGACAGCAAGGUGCAUGUGAACGCACACAAGGUAGAGGGUCGAAGUAGUCCCGCCUCUGGCGGCCUCAGAGUUCACUUCGUGAAUCUAGCAGCGAGUAGCAGCGACACUCUAGACUCAGAUACAGACGAAAACAGCGUUCCAAUAUUCAGUGAAACAGUUUUAUAAACAUGUAAUUCUCCCUAUAACCCACCACGGAUAAGUGACGAGUUUUAUCCCGUAAGAUAAAUGGACACAAAUGCAACUAAAGUGACAUUUUGUCGGUAAUCCAACAAUUAUUACGAAUUUUGUUCCUUUUCAGUAACACAAACAUUAAGGACAGUGCUAAAAGUAGGUUCAUCGCAACGUAGGAACUUUAGAAUAAAACAUAUAGCAAUACGAAAGUCAACCUAUUUAAGUUUACCCUCAAUACCUAGCGACGCCAGAAAAAUCUCGUUAUACUACGAGAUGAUGUGAGGGCUAAACGGAAUUACGAGUAUAGGUUACUACCUGGAGUAUACCUGGAGUAUACCUGGAGUAUACCUGG